UAGUCCUUGCAGUGAGCAGGCGCCUCUUGUACAGCAAGCAGGAAGACAUGGCUGCGGGGGAGACGCAGCUCUAUGCCAAGGUCUCCAACAAGCUCAAGGGCCGCAGCACCCCCUCACUCCUGGAUCCCCUCCUGGCCAUGGGCUUCCCCACACAUACCGCGCUCAAAGCACUAGCGGCCACAGGGAGGAAGACAGCCGAGGCGGCAGCAGACUGGCUGCAUGGUCACUGCAAUGACCCUUCUCUGGAUGACCCCAUCCCUCAGGAGUACGCUCUCUUCCUCUGCCCCACGGGCCCCUUGCUGGAAAAACUCCAAGAGUUCUGGAGAGAGAGCAGGCGGCAGUGUGCAAAGAACAGAGCACAUGAGGUCUUCCCUCACGUGACACUCUGUGACUUUUUCACGUGUGAAGACCAGAAGGUGGAGUGUUUGUAUGAGGCUCUGAGACGUGCAGGGGACAGGAUCCUGGGCUCCUUCCCCACCCUGGUUCCUCUUGUUCUCCAUUCUUCCAUCAGCUACCUCGGCUUCUUCAUCAACGACAGCCCCGCUGACGCCAUCCGGGAAUUCGCCAUGGCGUUUGCCACAGAGGCGGCAGUCCUGGCAGACUGUACCAUCAAGCCCUGCACCAAGCAGCUGCACCUGACCUUGGCCCAUAAGUUCUACCCUCACCAUCAAAGGACCCUGGAGCAGCUGGCCAGAGCCAUCCAGCCCAGCCACUCCUGCCAAUGGACAGCUGCCCUAUACUCCCGAGAUAUGCGUUUUGUGCACUACCAGACCCUGAAGGCACUGUUCCAGUACAAACCCCAGAAUGCAGACGAGCUAAUGCUCAGUGCUGGUGACUACAUCUUCGUGGACCCCACUCAGCAAGAAGAGGCCAGUGAGGGCUGGGCCAUUGGGAUCUCACAUCGGACUGGCUGCCGGGGCUUCUUGCCAGAGAACUACACGGAGCGAGCCAAUGAGGCUGACACCUGGGUUAAGCACAGGACAUAUACAUUCAAUCUAGCCAUGGACCUGAACUCUAGGAAGGAUUUUGAAGCCAGUAGCAGGGGAAAUGGAGAAUCCCACACUCCGUCAAUGUCAAAGAGUGUUAGCAGCAUACAAGCUUUGCAGGCUACCAUCUCGAGGAGAGGCAUUCUGGUCAUACGUCAUGGCGAGAGAGUGGACCAGGUCUUUGGGAAGUCUUGGCUACAGCAGUGUACUACUGCUGAUGGAAAAUACUACAGGCCAGACCUGAACUUCCCCCGCAGCCUGCCAAGGAGGAGCAACGGCAUCAAAGACUUUGAAAACGAUCCACCGCUAUCAUCCUGUGGAAUUUUCCAGGCCAGACUUGCCGGAGAAGCCCUGCUGGACAGCGGCGUCAGAGUCACCGCGGUCUUCGCGUCUCCAGCCCUGCGCUGUGUGCAGACAGCCAAGCACAUCCUGGAAGAACUCAAACUGGAGAAGAAGCUGAAGAUAAGAGUUGAGCCUGGAAUCUUCGAGUGGAUGAAGUGGGAAGCCAGCAAGGCCACGCUGACCUUCUUGACCUUGGAGGAGCUGAAAGAAGCAAACUUCAAUGUUGAUCUUGAUUAUAGGCCAGCAUUGCCCCGCUGCUCCCUCAUGCCAGCUGAGAGCUAUGACCAGUACGUGGAGAGAUGCGCCGUGAGCAUGGGGCAGAUCAUCAACACAUGCCCACAGGACAUGGGCAUCACCCUCAUCGUGAGCCACAGCUCAGCGCUCGACUCCUGCACGAGGCCGCUCCUCGGGCUCCCACCCAGAGAAUGUGGGGAUUUCGCCCAACUGGUAAGAAAGAUUCCAUCUCUGGGCAUGUGCUUCUGUGAGGAAAACAGAGAGGACGGAAAGUGGGACCUGGUGAAUCCGCCAGUAAAGACACUGACACACGGGGCCAACUCGGUCUUUAACUGGAGAAACUGGAUCUCAAGCAACUGAGGCAGCCCGAGCUUUCCAGGAAGAGGUGACUGCCCUAUGCCAAGGCACGAGGGGCUGUGAUAAUGAUUACAAAGGCAUCCUAGCCUCUUGCCCGGUGUGACUGGAGGAAAGAACAAAACACACUCGAUACUCAGGGGGAAUAGCCAUGGCUCAGACCUUCGUCACUGCCACCCGUGGAUCCGCUGUCCUGCCAGCCACUGCAGAGGCCAGAGCAGAGGUCUGGAUUAGGAUACCACAUUGCAACAUGUGCACUGGUUUGGAGAGAACAGAGGAACUGCCUCACUUCCAGGAACUACAGACUCCCCGCACUUGAAGAUGCCACCCAUCUAUUUUGUAUGUUCUUAGGAGCCCUCCUUUUUAAUAUAACCAUCGCUCUUUAGCCAGGGCCACACCAGCUGAAAAAGGAACAAUGGUCAAUGAAAGAAAUGGCCAGCCCACCAGAUCAAAACCAGGACAGCAGCUGGCACCAGCACUUUAAGGGUUCCUUGCUGUUGCUCGAACACAGAGUUGGAGACAGUAGUGCUUGAAAGCCAUGCAAAAUUCCUAAUGCACAGAGACAAAGUGUGUGAUUCUGGAGGUUAGCGUGGGCUGUGUUCCUCUACAGAUUCUAGAAGACUCUUCCCCAGCCAUUCCAGAAUCCAGAGGCCUCUGUCCUUCCUGGCAUCCUAUUUAUUAUAUUAUAUUCCUGGCAUCUACUACCUUAUGAUUCUAUUCAAACCCAUCAGUUUGGGGAAAUUCUAAGGCACGGUCACAUAGCCCCUGCCUUGAGCCUCCUGCCUCGACCUCACAAAGACGCCAUGACAAAUUGUGCUCAGUAGCCUAGGGUCUUCUCUCAUCUUAAACUUGGCAACUAAGCCUGCAAAGUCCCUUAGCCACAGGGGUCACUUGUUCAUGGUCCCGGAAGUUAGGAUGUGUCUUAGAAGGCCAUCCUCCAGCCUACCUCAGCCUCUGUUCUUCCAAGCACAUCAUGGCCGUUGUACAAGGGUCUAGACAUAAAGAUCUGUGCCUCCU